AAAAUCCUUCUCCCAUUUUCCAUCCAACCAACGAGAGAGAUGACGGCGAUGAAGACACUUUUCACUGUACACACUCAUCCAAGCUAUCUAUUCUCCAAUGCUUUUCUCAGCCAUUCAUCCGCUUCAUCAUCUCUUCCCAUUCUCUCUCACAAGCUUCCUCGUCCUCGUCUUCCCUCUCUAAAACUCUCGAACCCAUCUCAUUCUGCUUCUACUGCCUCUCAGCUUUCCACCAUGGAUUCUUCCACUAGCUCUACCGACUCCGACCAGCUCGCCUACGACCUCUCUCCCAUCAUGAAAGUCUACAAAGACGGUCGUAUAGAGAGACUCGCCGGCGAAGAGGUUGUUCCUCCGUGCUUCGACCCUGUCACCGAUGUCGAGUCCAAAGACGUCGUGAUUUCUAAAGACGACGGCGUAUCUGCCAGGAUUUUCCUUCCCAAAAUUACAAACCCAGAUCAGAGAUUCCCUCUUCUUGUUUACUUCCAUGGCGGUGCCUUCUGCAUCGAAACCCCAUUCUCCCAGAACUACCACAACUACGUCAACGCUCUUGCUUCUCAGGCCAACGUCAUCGGCGUCUCCGUCCACUACCGGAGGGCGCCUGAGCACCCGGUUCCGACCGCCCAUGAAGAUUCAUGGACUGCUCUGAAAUGGGUAGCUUCCCAUUCCGCCGGCAACGGCCCCGACGAGUGGUUGAAUCGUCACGCCGAUUUGGGGAAGGUGUUCUUAGCUGGGGACAGUGCGGGCGCGAACCUCGCUCACCACAUGGCGAUUCGGAUCGGGUUGGAGAAACCGCCAGGUGUGGAACUGGAAGCCAUUGCUCUAGUGCACCCUUAUUUCUGGGGAGUGGAACGAAUUGGAUGCGAGUUGAAGGACGCUGAAUCUGCAGCGAAGGCGGAUAAUCUAUGGCGAUUUGCCUGCCCGACCACAUCGGGAUCCGAUGAUCCGUUGAUUAACCCGGAGAAGGAUCCGAAUAUAGGGAAGAUAGGCUGUAAGAGGGUGCUUGUUUGUGUUGCAGAGAAGGAUUUGCUGAAGGACAGAGGAUGGUACUACAAAGAAGUGUUGCAGAGAAAUGGGUUUUGUGGAGAUCUGGAGGUGAUGGAGACGAAAGAGGAAGGCCAUGUGUUCCACAUGUACAAACCAAGCUGUGAGAGUGCUCUUGCCAUGUUCUGUCGUCUUGUUUCCUUCAUCAAACAGGAUUAAGCAUGCAGUAAUUAAGUUUUAGUUGACUCUUAAUUAUUAUGAUUUAGUUUGAGCAUGUAUGAAGAGUAAUCAAUGUAGUGAAUAUGGAAGCAUGUAUGAAGUAAUCGACAAUAUAUAUGCUCCAGGCGUGGCUGCGUGGAAGCAAAAAUUUCACUGGCAGAGGGGGAAGUUUCCUUAUGUAAUUGAUUUAGGUAAUUUAAUUUUUAGCUCCUCAUUAUUUGGUUAUUAAUUUAAUUUUUUAAGUUUAA